AUGACGUUUUGCACGAGGCUGCCGCUGCUGCUUGCAUGUGGCGCCUUUAUGGCCCAGGCACAGUCCCAGACGCUGAUGUUGUCUGCAUGCUCCCGACUCGGCAAUGAACAAUGGUGUCUCGAUCAGAAUGGCUCAAGUGUUCUCUGGACUUCAUACGCGUCGUCGACAGCUGCGUCCACGGCGCCUGCUACCGCUGCCGUUUCAACCACUGCUGCACCGACGACGACACAUUCAAGCUCGUCGAUAACAGCAGUCUCCGGCUGUCAUAUGCACGGCAGUGUCUGGAACUGCAUGGCUGGCACCUCCGAAUUCCACGUCAUGCAAUCGGCAACUGCCACUGAGGAGCUUUCCGCCCAGUACACUGGGUGCCAUUCGCAUGGCUCGACAAUGUAUUGUCUCGACGCUGCGGGAAAGGAAUACGAACUGGUCGCAGAAGGCGCCGAAGCCUCCGGGACCGAAGAAAGCCACGACCAUGACCACGACCAUGACCACGAGAGCGAGUCGACCGAAAGCUCGAGCUCGGGCAAGAACUGCCACUUCCACGCCGGGGUAGAGCACUGCGUGGGAGAAGGGGAGUCAGAGAGCGGCGGCACCCGAUCUUGCGAGCGCACCGAUAGAGAGUACAACGUCCCGCUCAGAAUCGGCCUCCUGUUUGUGAUAUUCGCCACCAGCGCCAUUGCCGUCUUCGCUCCCAUUUUAAUGGGAUCGUACCUCCAGAAUAACGCUGUCAACUUUUGCUUAAUGAUACUCAAACAGUUCGGCACCGGCGUCAUGCUCCUGACCCACGCCACCCUGAUGCUCACAAACGAAUGCAUCAAAUGGCCAGCCGAGUACGAAGGCACCCCCGCCGCCAUCAUGAUGGCCGGCAUCUUCCUCGCCUUCCUCACCGAAUACCUAGGCGCCCGCUUCCUCCACUGGAGAAACCACAGAAACCCCUCCCCAGCAGGCCUCGAAAGCGGCAACGGCAGCGGCAGCGGCGCCAGCGACGGAAAAGCCGCCUCCGCCUCCCCCCCGAACGCCCUCACCACCAUCGCCGGCUGCGGCAACGCCCUCGGCGGGGCGGCCGCCGGGCACCCAGGCCAAGAGAAACUCGCCGUCGCCGUCAUGGAAGCGGGCAUCAUCUUCCACUCCCUGCUCAUCGGCCUCACCCUCGUCGUCGCCGCCGACUCCUUCUUCCCCACCCUCUUCGCCGUCAUCCUCUUCCACCAAUGCUUCGAAGGCAUCGCGCUGGGCUCGCGCAUCGCCGAACUACCAUCCACCAGCACCACCACCACCUCCACAACCAGUUCCACAACCAAAUACACAAUGGCCACCCUCUUCGCCCUCACCACCCCGCUCGGCAUGGCCAUCGGCAUCGGCUGCCUGGGGCGGUUCAACGGCAACGACCCGGCGACGCUGGUGGCCAUCGGGACGCUGGACGCGGUGUCGGCGGGGAUACUGGCGUGGGUGGGGCUGGUGGAGAUGUGGGCGGGGGAUUGGAUGCAUGGGGGGGUGAUGGCGGGGGAGGGCGCUGGGAAGACGGUGGUGGGGUUGGGGGCGUUGGGGGCGGGGAUGGUGGGGAUGGGGGUGUUGGGGAAGUGGGCGUGA